AUGUGUGUUUUCUCAGUUGCCACGGAGGAGGACAAGAUCGUCGGAGGGAAGGAGUGCACUCCAUACUCCAUGCCCCAUCAGGUGUCUCUGAACUCUGGCUACCACUUCUGUGGAGGCUCCCUGGUCAACGAGAACUGGGUGGUGUCUGCUGCUCACUGCUACAAGUCCCGUGUGGAGGUUCGUAUGGGAGAGCACCACAUCAGGGUCACCGAGGGAAACGAGCAGUUCAUCAGCUCCUCCCGUGUCAUCCGUCACCCCAACUACAGCUCCUACAACAUCAACAAUGACAUCAUGCUGAUCAAGCUGAGCAAGCCCGCCACCCUCAACCAGUACGUUCAGGCCGUGGCUCUGCCCAGCAGCUGUGCCCCCGCUGGCACCAUGUGCACCGUCUCCGGCUGGGGAAGCACCCAGAGCUCCUCUGCUGACGGCAACAAGCUGCAGUGCCUGAACAUCCCCAUCCUGUCCGACAGGGACUGUGAUAACUCUUACCCCGGUCAGAUCACUGAUGCCAUGUUCUGCGCUGGAUACCUUGAGGGAG